UUUAACCGGGGAGAGGCACGGCGAGAGGGUCGGGCGUUCCAAAUCCGGCCCGCCGCUGGGAAGAGCCGUCCCGGGAAGAUGAUCGAACCCUUGGGAAAUCAGUACAUCGUGGCCCGGCCCGUGUACACGGAGAGUACCUUCAGCGCGGACCACAGGAAGUUGGACCGACACCAUGCCACCGUCCUGGACCGGCUGAGGCCGUGCUGCCGCUGCUCCUCCAAAAGGAUCAAGACCAUCGGCCUCUCGCUGCUCCCCAUCACCUCCUGGUUGCCCGCCUACCGUCUCAAAGAGUGGCUUCUCAGCGACGUGGUGUCCGGGAUCAGCACGGGGCUCGUGGCCGUCCUGCAAGGCCUGGCCUUCUCCCUCCUGGUCAACAUCCCCCCGGAAUACGGGUUGUACGCGGCCUUUUUCCCGGUCGUCGUCUACUUCUUCUUCGGCACAUCCCGACACAUAUCCGUGGGCCCGUUCCCGGUUCUGAGCAUGAUGGUGGGCGCGGUGGUGUCCAGACUGGUCCCUGACCCAGCGACCUUCCUGGGGAUGGCGGCGGCGGGAACGGAUAACACAACAUCGCUGGACCAACAGAGGGUGGUGGUGGCCUCCACGGUCACGGUGCUGGCCGGCAUCAUUCAGCUGGCCCUGGGAGCCCUGCAGGUGGGCUUCAUCGUCAUCUACCUGUCCCAGUCCCUGAUCAGCGGCUUCACGACGGCAGCAGCCAUCCACGUGGUCGUGUCCCAGCUGAAGUUCAUGCUCCAGUUGAAGGUUCCCGCCCACUCCGACCCGUUCUCCAUUUUCAAAGUUCUGCAGUCGGUCUUCACCCAGAUAGAGGACACAAAUGUGGCCGAUCUUGUGACUUCGGUGAUUAUCUUGGUCGUCGUGUUCUUGGUCAAGGAGGUCAACCAGCGGUUCAAAGCCAAGCUGCCCGUGCCCAUUCCCAUUGAGCUCAUCAUGACAGUCAUAGCGGCGGGAGUGUCCUACAGCUUUAACUUCAAGGACCGGUUCAACGUGGCAGUGGUGGGGAAGAUGCCAAGCGGAUUCCAAGCACCGACUUUGCCCGACAUGAACAUUUUCCAAGCAACCAUCGGAGAUGGCUUCUCCAUUGCGAUAGUUGGCUUUGCAGUGGCCUACUCGGUGGCCAGCGUCUAUUCCCUCAAGUACGACUACCCCAUCGACGGCAACCAGGAACUCAUCGCCUUUGGGUUGAGCAACAUCUUCGGGGGGUCGUUCAAGGGCUUCGCCAUCAGCACUUCGCUCUCCCGCUCGGGUGUGCAGGAGAGCACCGGAGGCAAAACACAGAUUGCGGGGAUCCUGUCGGCCAUCAUUGUCAUGAUUGUGACCCUGGCCAUCCUCUUCCUUCUAGAGCCCCUCCAGAAGUCGGUCCUGGCAGCGCUGGCUCUGGGCAAUCUGAAGGGGAUGCUGAUGCAGUUCGCGGAGAUUCGCAGCCUGUGGCGACGAGACAAGUAUGACUGUCUGAUCUGGGUGGUGACCUUCCUGGCGGCAGUCAUCCUGGGGCUGGGCUUGGGCCUGGCGGCCGGGGUGGCGUUUCAGCUCCUCACGAUCGUGUUCCGGACCCAGUUCCCCAAAUGCAGCGUGCUGGCCAACGUCGGGCAGAGCAACGUCUACAAGAACCGGAAGGACUAUCCCGAGAUCUACGAGCCGGAGGGAGUAAGGAUCUUUCGGUGCCCGUCCCCCAUCUACUUCGCCAACAUCGAUUUCUUUAAAAAGAAGCUUAUAGAUGCGGUCGGAUUCGAUCCUGUUCGAGUUUUGCGGAAGCGGAAUAGAGCUCUGAAGAAAAUCAAAAAGCUGCUGAAGAAGGGACAGCUGCAGCUCACCCCGAAAGGCUUCCUCUGCACCUCGGACAACCUGAAAGAUUCAGACGACGAACUGGACGCCCACGAGGCGGAGGAACUGGAUCGGCCAAUCGGCCCCUCCGACCUGCCCGCUGACAUCGACUGGAACGCAGAUCUCCCCGCCAACCUCGUGGUUCCCAAAAUUGACACCCACAGCCUCAUCCUCGACUUCGCGGCGGUGUCAUUUCUGGACGUGUCUUCGAUGAGGGGUCUCAAAUCGAUUUUGCAAGCAUUCGUCAGGGUCAACGUGGAGGUCUACAUCACCGGAGCCGACGGCGACUUUAUAGAAAAACUCGAACGGUGUGACUUCUUCGACGAGGAGGUCAAAGCCUCGAUCUUUUUCCUGACCGUUCACGACGCCGUGCUGCACGCCCUGACGAAACGGGAUGGCGGCGUCUCCAAGCUGCCCCCCUUCCAGGAGAGAGUCUGCACGCCGGAUUUUGCCUUGAGGCGGAACGGAGCUCUGCGCAAUCGAGAAUGCCUGGUGCCGAUCGAAACCAAAUUCUAGCCCAGUCACGCCGCGGGGGCCUCGCGGAGACACCCAGAACCGCCCCCCGCCGCCCCCGGGCCCGGAGAUGGCAGCCUUCCGGCUCGGGGGACUCCGGAAGGAAUAUCUUCCUUCGGAGGAAUUGUGUUUCGAGCUUUGGGACAAGACCGUUCCGGCGCGGAGGAGUUUUCGCGAACACAGAACGAACGGAUGCAGACGCUCCUGAUUCCACGCUCUGCAGACGUGCGGCGGAGAGGAAACGGUGCCAUGUAUAUAUGUAUUUAUGUAGGGCUGACGCUCUCCAAGUCUCUCGCUGGGAGCAUCGGGGG